CGCAGUAGGCUCAACGUCUGAUGACAUUAAAAAGUACGAACUGAAAUUCUCUACAAUAUGGGCUUCGAUUACUAUGCAAUUUUGGAUAUACCCAAAAGUGCAUCCGACAUUGAAAUUCGAUUAGCCUAUCGAAAAUGGGCAGUUCGUUGUCAUCCGCAAAAUGGCUUCCAUGAAACUCCGAAAAUUCCUUUUCCCUCGAUGUCGCUGGAUCACUAUUGGGAACUACUCAACGAAGCUUUCGACGUUUUGUCGAAUCCUCUCCGGAAACACAUCUAUGACAUUUAUGGCGAAGAAGGACUUAAAGCCGGCGUUGUUACCCCAACUGGAUUUGUUGAGCCAUAUAGUUUUUCGAACAAUUGUAUGAAAAUUUAUAGAGACUUUUUCGCAACUUACUCGCCCUACGCAGAUCUUAUCGAUGCAGUCACAAAUCCACCUCCACUUUGUCUAGACGAUAGAACAAAAGUCAAGGUAAAAGGACAAGACAUCGAACACUUUAUCAAUCUUGAUUUGGAGGAAAUUUUCUAUGGUACAAUCAAGAAAAUGAAAAUCAUUCGAGAUGAGUUCGUAGAUGAUUCGCAGGUCGAAACGAUUCUUGUAGAAGAAACUUUAGAUGUUCACAUCACUCCGGGAGUUCCAACUGGAACGAAGAUUCGUUUCGUAGAAGCGGGUGAUCGUAGUCCAAAAAUCAUUCCCUCCGAUAUUGUGUUUGUGGUAAAUGAAAAUCCGCAUCCUAGGUUUCUGCGUAAUGAAGCCGAUUUGUUUAUGGUUGUUACUAUAACAGUAGGACAAGCUUUAGUUGGGUUUACCUUGGAGAUUACCGGUAUCGAUGGAAGGCAGUUGUUAACUCAGGUUGUAGAUGUGGUAGAGCCAAGUUACGUUAAGGUUUUGAAAGGAGAAGGAUUACCUAGUCCAAAUAAUGAGCAACCAAACGCACGUGGAGAUCUCUACGUUUCAUUCAAAGUUCUUUAUCCAAAAUUCAUCCCAAAGCAAAUUAGGGAAAAUCUUCAAAACAUAUUCCAAGAACUGUGCACCAAAAACUAGCGACGCUCUAUCAUAUGAAAUUCAUUUAUUGGUUGAUGAUUGGAGAUAAUUUAUAAGGAACACAUGGCAACUAGAGGUGUCGUCGUGUAAAUUCUACUUGGGAACAAAAUUGUAAACUACUAUUUCAAUAUCACCCUCUUUCCCAAA